AUGGCUCACAGGAGGAUGGAAACCAAACCGGUGAUCUUCUGUCUGAAGACGCUGCUGCUGCUCUACUCCUUCAUCUUCUGGGUGACAGGUGUGGUCCUGCUGUCGGUGGGCUUAUGGUGGAAGUUCAUGUUGGGCCCCUACAUGUUACUGAUCUCCAGCAGCCCCUCCAACGCUCCGUAUGUCCUCACCGGCACCGGAGCUGCCAUCGUGCUGUUCGGGCUGUUCGGCUGCUUCGCCACCUGCAGGGGGCGCCCCUGGAUGUUAAAACUGUACGCUGCUUUCCUGUCUCUGGUCUUCAUGACUGAACUCAUCGCUGGAAUUUCUGGGUUCAUCUUUCGCCACGAGAUUAAAGGGACCUUCCUCACCACGUACACUGAUGCAGUGAUGAAAUAUGAUGGACGAGAUGACAGGAGUCUGGCUGUGGACGGUGUCCAGCGCAGAUUGCACUGCUGUGGAGUUAAUAACUACACCAGCUGGUUGAGCAGUGUGUAUUUCCCUGUGGGCGGGGUUCCUGCCAGCUGCUGUGUGAGCUUCUCAGACUGCAGAGGCUCCGACCUGAAGAACGCAACACUGGCUGCACUGAAGGUCUACAAACAGGGCUGUUAUGAGCUGGUGACAUCCUUCAUCGAGAGCAACAUGGGAAUCAUCGCUGGAGUCACCUUUGGCAUCGCCUUCUCUCAGGUAAUAGGGAUGUCUUUGUCCUGCUGUUUGUCUCGCCUUAUCAGCGCCAACCAGUAUGAGAUGGUCUGACAGAAAAAAACUAGGUUGCACAUCACCAUGGAAACCUGAGGAAACACACAAACACACACACAUAUUUACACAGAUGCCACUUUCUUGAAUCUGAUUGGUUGUCUGUUUCCCUUUGUGUGGAGAUCUGUGGAUGAGCCCUGUGUUCUUAAGUGAUUUUUAUGUUGUUGUUGUUGUGAUUCUGUCCUGAAACAAACUUUCCAUGAUUCUUUUCAUGGUUCCAUGAACAGGACAGAAUGAAUAAAGAUAAACAGAUGAAAGUCAAACACAAAGCUGUUCAUGUAUGAACUGUUUCCAUAUCUGAAACAUACGAAUGGAAUAAUAAUAAAAUGACAAAACUUUUAAAGAAUGUCGUUGUAUGUAAAAUAAAGUUUUUUUUCAGA